AUGGCCCCUAGGAAAAGCAAUCCUCCGUGUGUAAUCGAUCUCACCGAAGACUCGGAGCCGCAGCCUGUGUAUGCAGCUCCAGCUCCAGCGCCGAAAAGAGUAGGUCGCAAACGAAAGAUUGACCUAGUAGAUACCGACCAUAGUCUCGUAUCCAUCCCCUACCAGCAGCAAGCUGGGUAUGAGCCUAGAGAAGACACUGAGACAAUUGAGUCCAAGUCCACAUCAGCAAAGUCGAGAGGUGCGGGGAAAGGAAAGGAAGUUGCAGAACCAAGUUCUGCGAAGGCACCGAGCAUAAAAAAGGCAAAACACGCACCUGCAGCAGGAGAAGAGAAGAGACUCGGGAGGUGGCGUUCACAGCCAACCCAUCAGCUGAGAGAUAGGAUACAUAGAUGUCUUACUCAACGGAUGGUUGUGUUGGACAGACAUAGGAAUAUGGAAGUGUCCCCUCCUGAAGAGAUCUUCCAAAUUGCUGGGAGCACAGGGAAUGUCUAUCAGGUCCAUAUUAAACGCCAAUCGACUUGUAGUUGUCCAGAUGGUAUUCAGAAUGGGCUUUGUAAGCAUAUACUAUAUGUUAUGAUGAAGGUUCUAAAAGCUCGCGAUGAGCUCGUUUAUCAGCCAGCCCUUCUUUCAACUGAGCUCGAACAAAUUUUUCUUAAAGCUCCUGCCGCCCCUGCAAGUGAUUUAUCGAAUAGUGGCCCUAGCAACAGAAAGCCACUUGAAGAUGACGACUGCCCUAUCUGCUAUUCCGAAUUUGAUAACGAAGAGAGCACCGUAUACUGCAAAUCUCAAUGCGGAACCAAUAUUCACGAAGCGUGUUUUCGGCAAUGGGCCGCCACAAAAGGCCCCGGUCAAGUAACCUGCGUUAUGUGCCGUCAGCCCUGGCAAAGCGAAAACGUGAAGUCUGCUCUUAUGAAUGGAAAGAUUGGAGAGGAGGGUUACGUGAAUGUAGCUGAUCAAUUGGGUAUGAGUCUUGAGCGUGACACAUCAACGUAUGCUCCGGGCUUUGGAGCUUACGGUGGAUAUAGGAGAAGGGGCUAUUGGUAG